CGGUUGAUGUCAUCCCCGAUGAUGGCCAGCUGGCGACCCACCUGCCCCAUGGUGCUCAAGGAACGGUAGGCAGCAGGUGAGCUGGGGCCUGGGCUCAUGGCGAAGGGCUCCUCCCUGAGAUGCCCCAGCCUUGGGCCCCCCCUCCUUGGCGGUCCCAACCGUGUUCUCAGACACGAGGGCUGGGCCCAGGGACAAGGGGCAGGCAUGUGCUGAAAAGGAUGCCAGGUCCCGGAUGGGGGUGGGAACCCACAUGAAAAAGGAGCAGCAGUGGGAAAAACCCCCAGGCCUGUCCAGCUCCCAGGACCUGCAUGGUGACCCCACGUGAGCCUCCAACUCCCUGAACAUGUCCCCGUGGGCCCAGGGGGCUGCUGCUCACCUGCUAGGUUCUAGGGACAAGGUGACCAUUUCUGGGUCAGUGGGCGCAGCCGCCCCCUCGGCCUCCUGCUCCUGCUGAUGGCGGUAAAAGACGUAGCUGCGGAAAACCUCCUCCGUGUCCCGGGCUACCUGCUCCUCUGAGGAUCAAAGCCAGGAGUCAGGGAGGAAGUGCUCUGGGGAUGGUUCACUCUGCCUGUGGACAGAGGUGUCCCUCCUCUAGCCCUUAGUUACCACCUAGGGCUGACACCGAAAAGAGGAUUCUUGUCACAGCUGCCUUGUGGAAUAGGUGACCCCCAGUUUACGGAUGGGGAAACUGGGGUGCAGUGUUUACGUAACUUGCACAAGCGUGUACAGCUGGAGAGAGCGGUGCAGCCAGGAUAGAAUCCCAGGCAUUUGGGUCCCCGACUUUAUUUUAGUUUGUCCAAGGCACCGAGCCCUUAUGGCUUAGGGAACGUGGGAGACAGAAUUUGAAAUCGUAGCCCAGAAAAGCCACAUCGGGAAAUAGUGACAGACCUGGGACUGAACCCAAAGUCCAGGGAACAGCCUGUGCUGGGCCGCGAGCUGCAGGCAUCCCUGACGUUCCCCUUGGAAGAGGAAAGAGGGACAGCCAUUUUACUUCCUCCCCAAAGUCGUUAACAAUCCCUCUCCCUGUUAAGCGGACCUGACUCGGUGAUAGGUGGAUUUACUUCCUUAUUUCUCCCAGGGCAGGGACAGGACAGCCACGCCCCACUCUUCUUUCCUCCUCCUCGCAGAUGGCAGGGUGCCCACCUCAUGCUCACUGCCCUGCCUCCCCCAGCCUCUGCACCCCCCACUGCUGCCCCCCUGCCUGCAUUGGGUAGGGAGAUGCUUUUCUCCUUUACCCAAGGUGAGGAAACUGAGGCGGGAGAGCCUGCCUUUAAAUCUUGCCCGGCUUGUCCACAUCUGCUCUCUCCAUCCUCACAGAUGGCCCUGGUGGUUAUGGGAGGGGUGAGGGGGCAGAAAGACAGUUACCCGAAGUGGAGGAGGGGUCAGGUUCUUCUUCGCACCCCUGCCUGGGAGGACCUGGGCCUUGUCCGGAUGCCAUUUCUCAGGUCCUGGCAGGAAGGGCAGUGUUAGCCUGUGGGGGUGGGUAGGAAAGCAGAGAUGGGGACCAGAGGUUCCAACAGCACACGGAGGGAGGGGACGCCCACUCCUGAAAGACCGCACCGUCCUAAGAACUUACUGAGUAUUUCACUGGCAGUUCUUCGAGGAGACUGGGAGUGAGAAAGGCCGGGCAGCCAAGAUUCCCACCCAGGGGUCAGCCAGGGCCCAGGGAGGGGUGGCCGCAGCAGUGCCCGAGUGGAUCUCUAGUCGCACUGGGAGGCGAGUUUCAGAAGCUGGGGUUCCUUCCGCUGCUCCGGGGCCUCCUGCACCCUACCCAGCACACGCUUACUGCAGACUUGCCACCUUCCAGCCAAUGACCCACGAAGCCCGUCCCCGAAGGUUCCACUUCCCCUUGGCUAGUCAGAACACACCUGUUUUCCAACUCAGGCCCGUUAGCCGCAAGCAUUUCCUGAGUGCCUAUGGUAUACUUCUACCAUGUAUGUUCAAGUACUCCCCAGGGAGUGUGGGACAUGGAAAGAACACAUUAACCUGGCAGGGUAAGCAAUGUCAUACCCAUUUUACAGGUGGGAAAAGGGAGGCACAAAGAAGUUAGUGCCCAAGGUCACAGAGCUAGUCAAGGAGUCAGGUUGGUUAUUUGAAUUUCCACGAGUCAGUCCUCCACUCAGCACUCAUUUCAGAUUUAUUUUUCAGUUUGUGGACCUUAGAGGGUGUCCUUUCCGGGGAAACUUCCCUUGUUUGCGUCCCGCCUGUGAUCUUCACAUUUCUGCCUAGCAGGUGGUUGAGGAAAUCACAUGUACCCCUUGCUCUCCUGUCUCCAGCCCCUAUUUUCCUCCUUUGCCUCCUGGCCACAACCCCAGUAUGCUCUGUAAACCUCCACAGAGGGAGUAUUUCCUGGACAUAAGCUAUUUCACUUUCAAUUUGCACCCCCUUCACUUCCCCCCACCCCAAAGCUGCCUCCAUCACCCAGGCGGGAAGCCACCCUCCUCCUCUCCCUGGGAGGGCCUGUGUCCCCUCCCCCCACCUUCCCUCUCAGGCCUGGGGCCAUUUUCGAAAGUGCCUGAGGAGAAGGGUGGGGAAAGUCCGGACCACCUGUGCUCUCCACCCCUUCACCGUCUCAGGGCAGGGACAGGGAGAAGGCCAACUCUCCCCUCCUCCACCCCUGGGUGCUCAGACUCCUUAAGACAGACCUUUGCCUGGCACACCCCCAUCCCAGAAGCUUCUUCCUGAACAAGGUACCUUCCUCUCUCCCUUGGUCUCCGAAACCCAGUGCCCCCAGGACAGCAGGGCUGGAGGAUGCUGAUUGCAUCUCGACUGCCUCUACCGCUACCCCUGGGGCUCAAUGCUGGGGAGAAAGUGGAGCCUCAGAACUGGCCCCAGGGCCAGAGGCCUAUGCCAACCUGGGUCUACCUCUGCCCCCAUCCAAGUGGCCUGACUUCCUGGUAGGGAGAGUCCACUGUGCCCCACCUGCGGGGUUUGCUGGGCCCAGGAUGUUUCCCGGGGCAGGGGGGAGAUGCAGACCUAGCCCUGCUGCAGACCUAGUCUUAGGGCUCCUGGGACAGCAGGAAGUGCUGUGAAAGUUCUCCCCCUGCCCUUGACCUUGGCUCUGACCUCCACUCCCAUCCCCCAGACUGCUAAAGAACCUGGUUCUUUAGCACCCGAUUCUCUGGCACCAGGGCCAGGCCAAGAGGGAAAGCUGUCUGAGGAGCAGCCAGAGGGAGCCCCGGCCGGAUCAGGCCCUGAGCAGGAGUUGGUGGAGCUGCCCAGACAAGCCUCGAGGCCUCCCCCUCCCCACCGGGCUCCCUGCGGGCUCCCUGCCUCACCCUGGGCCUGGGGCUGCCGAGAGUGGGGAGCAUGGGCAGGACCCUCCCGGCUUACCUGCCCGGACCCUGGCCCAGGCCCGGGACGGCUCAGCAAGGCAGAGGCUGGAGAUCCUGAGAAGCCAGUGGCUGCUCCCAGGGUCAGGUACCCAGGUCUGCCUCCCAGGAAGGGGCGUCAGUGAAUUCCUGGUGUCUGGAUGCAGCCUCUGCUGGUCCCAGCACGGCCCUAGGGACCCGCGAGGCUGCGGCGAUCAUAGAGGUGCCGGCGGUUCCCGGCUCCAAUCAGCUCCCUCUAGAGGAAGUUGCUCUGUGGCCGCCGGAUGCAGAUGCCCCAGCCUACAGGGCUCCCAGGCGGAGAGAGCGGCUCCCAACCAAGGCAGAGUGGCUCCCCCUCCCCCACUGCUUUUCCCACCGUUGAUUCCCAGUCCUCAUCCUUGAUCUUUCCCCUGCUUCCAUCAAUGUCAAUAAAAAAGCCAGGAUGGCGAGGUUUCUUAAGCGCCACUGUGUACCAGGCACUUUAAAACCUCUUUGGAACAACCCUUGGAAGUAAGUGCAGUGGACCACACCCAUCUUAGAGCUGAACAAACUGAGGCUCAGCUGGUUUAAGGAACCUUGCCCAAGGUCACUGAGCUGGGUUUAUAAUCAGGUCUGUAGGUGCCGUGAGGAAUAAUACUACUAAAUUGAGAUUCAACGCGCAAUUAAGACCUGUACACCAAGCACCUCGGUGGUCUGCAGAGAGAAAAAUCCUGAAUGUGAUAGGCAGGUAAACAUGAAAACACAGUGGGUCUGUGCUACCACCUGGGCAUAUGCCAGCUGGAUACUGAGAGGAGAGAGAAGAGGGAGGACAGAGACUCUCUGGCCUCAGGGAUUGAAUGGUUCUCAAGGACAGAAGCUACCGCAGCCGGGGAAGGACAGGCCUGGAGACAGCUGUGUGCCUCCACCCCAUUCUCAGAGUUGGGGUUCUCUAGCCACCUCUGCCUGCCCCCCACCCUGGUGUUUCCUGGAGCCUCGCCAACCCCCUCCCCCUUCAGGCUGGCUCCCCAGGCCUUCUUCCCCUGCCUCAUCAACCCCUUGCACUCUCUGCCCCCAACUAAGCCCUCCUACCUUCUCCCCCCACCCUCCCCUACCUUUGCCUUCUAGAACUCCUGGAAGUUUCCAACUGGAGGUUUUAAUUUGAAAACUCCUCCUUUUCUUAAGUAGUUGGUCCUGAGGUGGCUGCUGUGGCCCCUCCCUCUGAGUCAGGGUCCUUGUCAGGAUGGAGGCCCCAGCUUCAAGCCCUCGAUCCCGAAAUUUGGGCCACUCCUCCAUGUUCCGCUUUUUCCGUAGCCUGGUGGGGAGCAAGGGCAGCCCAAAGAGCUCAGACAAGGCCCUGCUGGGGGGCCAGUCUUGUCCCUUUCGAGAGCAGAACGCCACCCCUUUGAUGACUGAUCACCAGGGAGGAGCAGGGCGGGAGUCCAGGCCUCCUGCCACGCUGCCCUACACCUUCUCUGUGGCCCUGCCACAGCCCGAUCCCUCGGGGCUGGGGCUGGGGGACACAGGGCCCCAGACCCCUACCCCCGUGGAGGUCCUGAGGGUCCUGGCUCAGGGUGUAGAGGUGAAGCCAGUCCUGCCCAGAGGAAGCCAGGAGGUGCCGGGCAACCUGUCUGAGUUGGAGGAGAGGGAAGAGGAACAGACGGAGGCAGCAGGGGAUACAGGGACCUCAGACAGGGGCCACUUUGCCCAAGCCUUGGCGGUGGAGCAAGGAUGCUUGCAGAGGGCCAUGGGGCCACUGGAUAUCAGCCCCGAGACCUUCACCGGGGAGGAGGAGAAGGAGCGUCUGCUUGAUGGAGACCUCAGGCUGGCCUCCUCCCAGGUAGGGGCAACUCCCUGGAACCGCCUCCUCAGCUUGUACAAACAGCUCCAGAAAUCGGCCCCGGCCAAGAUCUCUCUCAAGGAAGGCCUGCCCUGUGAGGAGAAAGGCGGGGAAGAGGAAACAGAGGAGGACAGCUCACUCAAGCUCUGUGUCCCAGGCAUUGUCACCCUCCAGUCGCCGCUGCAUAAGACUUUUAGGUCGACAGAUACAGUAGGUUUCGUGGAGUCAGAGUUAAAGAAGCUUCUGGUAGUGCAACGGGAGUCCCGCCUCUGGAAGAUGGGUGGCCACGAGGGCCGGAAGCUGCUGACCCAGCCAGAGAUCACCCUGGAGGAGGCAGGCAUUGUGGAUGUCCAGCACCUGCUCCUUGAGGAGAUGAAUGAGAUGGAAAACUGGCCUCCAGAGUGAAGCUGGUGCUGGCCUGAGUCUGCCCUGCCCCGGGUCCCUGCAGCCUGUGUAGAGAUGUAUCCGCCUCCUCUUAGGGCACCUCAAGGAGCCCCUGGGGCCAAGGCGUCUUUAAUAAAUGGUGUCCAUGUGUCUGCAGGGUGGGCCUGCCCGGCACACUGUCCCCACUCUUCAGACUCAGGCCUGUGAUGUUAUUAAUAAAACUCAGUUUGACUUUGGC